AUGCGCUUCUCAACCCUCUUGGUAGCUGGCAUCUCCGCCAUCGCCCACGCCACCCACGACGCGCCCGUCGUCCUCAACAACCCUCACGUCACCUACCAAGCCGUCUUCCCCAAAGAUGCCUUCUACCACGGCAACAUACACGGCAACGUUUGCGGGAGCGUACGAGCCUCGCGUGGCCCGCACGGCAGGGGCGUCAGGUUCGACGUCCGCCUUGAGAACCUGCCCAAGGAGGGCGGACCAUUCCUCUACCACAUCCACGAGGACCGCGUCCCCGCCGAUGGCAACUGCACCAAGACGCUCGCCCACCUGGACCCGUACGGCAGAGGCGAAGAUCCCCCUUGCGAUAGCAGGGCCAAGGAUUCCUGCCAGGUGGGCGAUCUCAGCGGCAAGUAUGGCCAGCCCAAGCGAGGGUUGGAGAUUUGGUACUUCGACAACUAUACGUCUCUGGCCGAAGGGACCCCGGCCUUUUUGGGCAACAGGUCGAUUGUGGUGCAUUUUGCGAACAAGACGAGGAUCACCUGUGCCAAUUUUGAGAAGCUCUCCGGGUGUCCUGCGUAG